CCCCUCUUCUCCUCUCUCUCUUUUUAACGUUUUGUCCUUCACUUUCGCAUUCCAAAAACAUAUCAUAUCACCUCUUCAAUGGGGAUAAUGGGACAAGAUUCAGAUUCCAAGACCCAGUUGGUCUUACAGAUUUGCUCCAUUGCCACCCGUUCUGUGGUGUGUGCUCAUAGGUUUCUCUCAAACUCACCCAACCCAUCAUCUUUCAUUGACUGGUAUUGCAUUCUUGGAGUGGAAGAAAAUGCAGGGAUAAAUACCAUUCGCAAGAGAUACCAUAAACUGGCUCUGCAACUUCAUCCAGAUAAGAAUCAACACCCCAAGGCUGAAAUUGCCUUCAAGCUUGUUUCUGAGGCCUAUACAUGUUUAUCCAAUGCUGCAAAGAGAAGAGCAUUUGACUUGGAGAGACUCAAGAGCUUAUGCUUUGAAUGCAAAAGAAUCCCCAACACAUCCAGCAAUGCCGGUGGUUCGGGUUUCAAGGCAUGGAAUAUUAUCAACAUCUCAAGGUCUUUCAAGCUCUGGAGAAACAUAAGGGACAUGAGAGAGAGAUUCAAGGAGGAGGCAAAGGUGAUUGAGAACUGUCUGCGAGCGAAUUCCAUGUCAAGGAAAGAAUCUCCUCCCUAUAAUCCGGUUGGAUACCUACAAAGAAGCAAGUCCCUGCACAGAUUUGAUAGAGAAACCCCUGUUUUCAAUCCCUCAGAUUACUUGUACCAAGGCUACCCUCAUCUGAGGAGCAAUGUUUACAAGAAUUCUUCCACAUAUUGGUACCUGCAGACAGAGAGUAUGCUGCAUAAUGCAAGGGAAGGAGCACAGCAUGGCUCCCCUAUUUUUGAGGUCAAAUCUAGGAGUAUGUUCACAAGCAAAUUUGCUCAAGUCCCAUCGCAAUGUUAGCUCCAUUUUUUGUAUUCUAACAUUCAAUCAAUGCAAUGUGAUAGCCACAUUCUUCGCUACUU